AAGUGGGAGGAUUGCGUCACAGGGGCAGUUACAGGUUCUAAUUUGCAUUAUAAAUUCGCCGGCUUUUAAUCAGUGUGGGCCGGCUUAAUACACGCGAUUCAGAAAGCCACAAAGACUCGUUGGAAACACUUGUCGCCUUUAGAGACGUAAAAUAUGACGAGGAAACUAACAAGAAAUAAACUGACACGCAUCGAGCGAAACGGCGAGUUAAAAUCGCAUGAUUUGAACCUUGACAAGAACCUUAAUGAGAAUGGCGUCGUGAAAGAAAUCAUCGCGGGUUCGCCGAACCGGCACUCGCGAGUGUUACGUGACUAUCAAAUGCCGACAGCUUACCGGGAGAAGUUUCUUGUAUCCGGAUACCGGCUACGAAACCUGUCCGCCUCGGAGAGUGCAAAGAGUAUGUUCUACACCAACAAUGAAUCUGUGAAUUUCUGGAGUCACGUUCUGUCCAUUGUGCUUAUGGUUGCUCGCUACUGUUCAGUGGUGUGGAACCACAAUCCGUCCACAGAUCAUUUUUAUUUUCCGCUCACGUCCUUCACUCUAGGCUGCUGCACGCUUUACACCAUGAGCUGCCUCGCUCACAUGUUCAGUUCCAUGACCGAAAGGGAAUUCCACAUCGGUUACUACCUCGAUUACGCCGCCAUAAGCGUGUACACGUUCACUGCGGGCCAAGCGUUUUACUUUUACUGCCAUCCUCUGGGAUCAGGACUCCUGCUUUACGACUGGCGUGAACUGUUCUUAUUCGUCUCCGCUGUGAUCUCAUUCGGAGCCAACUACUCCUGCUGCAGGUCUCGCCAUCGCUGGCUGCACGCGAAAUUCAUUAUCCGCACGGGUUCCCACAUGGUGUCUUGGGCCUACAACUGUUCGCCUUUUAUUAUCCGCCAACUUAUCUUCUGCUCUUCUGAUCCCGUUUGCAAUCACGACUCUCUUCCUCUCUUCACAGGCUGCUUCCUGUCGUUCGCGAUCGCCGCAGUGGUGAACACGACCCGGAUACCCGAGCGAUUCGCGCCCGGUGUGUUCGAUUUUAUCGGGCACAGUCACAAUUUCCUUCAUGUGUUCACAACAGUGGGCGAUCACUUUGCCUAUUCUGUGUUCUUUUCGGAUCUCGCGGCAAGGAAAGAAGUCCUAGCUACAGAAGAUAUUCCAAGUUUCUUCGAGACCGUCGGAUUGACUCUGUUAGUUUUAGCUGGAAAUCUUUUCAUCGUGUUUUGGUUGGCAAGAUCUCUACGCUUGACCUCCGCAAGUAGCGGUGAACGCUCGAAAACCUCAUGAACUGAAAUACGCAAUAUUUACUUUAUUAACGACAAAUUACCACUUUUGUAAUUGGUUUUUUAUUGAAAGUGUGUUAUCGCCGCUGGGAAAAGGUAUACCGCAUGUAGUAUUUUUUUUUUUUCAAUUUAAAACCGACAUUUUGUCUCGUCUUUUCGGGUGGAAAGCUUUUGUAAAAUGUCAAGGGACAAGAUUAGUUCCCUCUAUUUAAAUUCAUGACUGUUAUCAUGGUACAAUGCUAUAAAAUAUGCGCCAAUACUGUACUUUGUACUUUAUUUGUGUCGGUCUUCAAGUCACACUUCUUCUGCUGAGAAUAAAAAAGGACUAAUCUUUA